CACAGCUGUCAAAGCAAACAUGGCCACCAAAACCUCGGAGAGUGAAAAGUGGAGGCGACGCAAAUUGUCGAAGAACAUCGACAAUGACAACGACUGCGCCAGUUUGGCGUGGCUCUUAAACUUCAGGCUGGACGAAGUGGUCAACGUGAGGGUGCCUGACGACGAACCGGUCGUGAAAGAAGCGAAGGUGGAUGUGGAAUCGCCAGCGGUGAGGAAGCCCCCGUAUACUUAUCCUGAACUGAUUGAACGAGCGCUCCGGGAGAACGGAGAGCUGACUGUAUCCGGGAUCUAUCAGUGGAUAUCUGAUCGUUUCCCGUUCUACAAAGCCAACGACGAACGCUGGAAGAAUUCCGUUCGACACAAUCUCUCCAUAAACCCUCAUUUUCGUAAAGGAGCCAGAGCACCGCAGGGGGCCGGUCAUCUGUGGUCUCUGGCCGCUAACGCCAUAGACCUGCUGCCGUUGAGGAAUACGCCCAUGCCCGAAGAAAAGGCGGCCGAGCCACUUCACACUGCCAAAAUAAUUGGUUUCCCUAAAGUAAUCGUAUUGGACGAGGCUGCCAUAGCAGCAGCAAGCAUUAUUCCAGAUCAAGAUUUGUUCAGUGGAAGCACAAUGUUCCUGAAUCCAGUCUCAGCAGAGCAAGUGAUCAGGGAAUGCGGUCUGAUCACUGUCGAUUGAAGAUAUCGGCUUCCGCGUUUCGAGAUUGUGAAGUGAUUUUGUUUUAACCUUAACCUUUAUAUGCACACGGUAGGGUUGAACGUUUCUGUUACCGCAUUCUUAUUCUCGUACAGGGUUGCACCCGGUCGAAUGAUGACAAUUGACUUUUACUUUUCGAAUUAAAAAUUUCAAAAGAUAAUAUGUUCUCUUGAGGAUACAGUCUAUGUAGGUACGUAUAGACUGGUGAAAGGCUAUUUAGUUUAAGCGACAUUCUUGCAACUUUACAGGACAUCCAUUUAAAGUUUAAAAUUUGGAAAAAAUAUCCUGACAAAAAACUUCAGUUAUUCGAAUGGGGUGAACCUAAUUGAAUUAAAUAGAAAGCAUCGGAUUGUUGUUAUAUUUUUUAUUUUUUCAUCAUAGA